CUUCUAAAAAACCCACUCUCUACUUUUGUGAAAAAUCAUAGCGCUAAAAUCAGAGCGCCAAAAUUAGUGUUAAAACAAAUUAUGCUCAUAAGUGAAAAAGUUAGAGCGGUAAGUGAAAGUUUUUCCCUCCCAAAUUCAUCAAAUCUUAACCCUAACCCGUUUUUGUUUUCAAUUAAUCAGAUGUUGAAUCUUUCUUGUUUUCUCACAAACCAUAACCCUAAACGCUCGUGACUCCUAUUUUUCGUUCUUUUGCUCGAAAACGCCUGUGAAAAUCCUAUUUCCGUUCUUCAGAAGAUGAAUCUUUAACGAUGUCCCGACACGCUAGCUACUCGUGAUUUCGUUCUUUUGCUCUGUAACCAGGGUAAGAGUCUUUUGGCAGAUUCUAACACAAAACAACUAGAGUCCAUUUCUCUAUCUCAAAGGAUCGGAUAUCCGAAGUAUCAGCAUGAGUUCAGACCUUACUGAAGCUACUACUUUUUCUGCCCAACUGACACUAUACCAGUCUCCUCGUAAACCCGAUGGACAAGGAAUGGACAAAGUUAAACCCCGUGAGUAAAGAGUAUCAAAAUGGUCUUGAUUUUUUUCUAGAUUAUGCAUACACCAAAGGAAAACCCCGCGGAAAAGAGAUUUCGUGUUCUUUGAUAUAAUGGUUCAUUUGCCAAUACAUCUAGUGAAUGAGGUAAGAAGGGGAGGACCUGUUCAAUUUCGGUGGAUGUACUUUCCAGAAAGAUAUCUAGGAAAAUUAAAGGGUUAUGCCCAAAAUAUAGCUCAACUGAAAUGGAGACAUCGAAUGGGGAAUAAAGGCUUUGCUGUUAUAAGAGAAAAAAUGCGUGAAAGUAAUGAAAAUAAAGAACCUCCGACUCAAGCUGAAAUGUUCAUUGCUACUCGACAAAGUAGGAAAGAAAAGAAUUUGGAUCAAGAGACUAACCAUGCAAUUAUAAAGCUUCAAGAUUUGAUUGAAAAUCAAGGGCAGUCUUCUUCAGAAGCUUUUCAAAGUGUAUUUGGAAAACAAAAACCUGGGAGAUUGCGUUGUCAUGGGAGAACGACAACACCGACUCUCUUAAAAAGAAAUGAAGAAAUUGCAAAACUUAAAAGAGAUCAUGCUGCUGAAGUUAGACAUGUGAUACAAGAGAUGGAGGAGAAACGUCGUCAAGAUAAGGAGGAAAUAGAAAGAAAAAUGCAGCUUCUUCUUAAGACCGUUCUGAAUCAAAACACCUCAGAUUUGGAUAUAGAGGCUCUGGCAGCAUUGAUAUCAGCUCCUACAACUGAUGCUAAUAGUGUCUUACGUUCUUCUGCAUCAACACAUGCUCCAACUAAUGAUCAAAUCAUGAAUGAUGAUAUGAAUGAAGAUUUUCAAUCAUUCGGAGAUGAAGAAACAUAGAUGUAGAUGUUUAACUUUUCCUAGAGAUUCAAGAUGUUAUUUUGAUUAGGAAGAUGAUUAACAUUAUAGAGUUUAAGUUUACUUUUGGAGAUUCAAGAUGUUAUUUUGAUUACGGAUGAUGAUUAACAUUAUAGAGUUUAAGUUUAGUUUUGGAGAUAAGAUGUUAUCUUGACUACGGAUGAUGAUUAACAUUAGAAUUUUUACAUUAAAGAUGUUAUUUUGGUUAUGAAUCA